UGCUGCCGGGAGCUGUAGUUUACUUUCAGUUUCAUCUUGCAGUUAUCAGCUGAACAGAAUUGAGGGGGCAGAGGUAGGGGACAAGUUACCCCAGCCUUUCCCCACCCCCCUCUUCCCCCCACUGCCAUUAAUCAUGGCAGUGCACUCUAAACUAAGAAGUUACCCGACGUCCAAAAAGGGGGCGGAGCUAGACGGCACUGUACAACACAGUGCCUUGCCAGUUGCCAGGAGCAUGGGAGAAUGGAGGGAAUGUGAGCAGCAGCAUGGCCAAAACAUUGACAAAGAAGUAUGGACCUGUGUUUACUAUCUACCUGGGCUUUAAACGCUGUCUUGUUCUGAUUGGCUACGAAGCUGUGACUGAAGCGCUGGUUGACCACGGCGAUGUGUUUAGUGACAGAGGAGAGAUAGAAGCAACUGAUCUGUUCUUUAAGGAUUAUGGCAUCAUAAUGAGCAAGGGAGAAAGAUGGAAGAUAAUUCGUCGAUUCUCUCUGACGACUAUGAGGAAUUUUGGAAUGGGGAAGAGGAGCAUUGAGGAGAGGAUCCAGGAGGAGGCUCGGUGUCUUGGGGAGACAUUUAUGAAGAACAAAGGAACCUCAUUUGACCCAGCAUACCUACUGCAAUUGGCAGGUUCCAAUAUUAUUUGCUCCAUUGUAUUUGGCAAGAGAUUUGACUAUGAGGAUGAGAAAUACCUGACCCUACUAUCAAAUAUUACAGAUUUUGUCAAGAUUAUGAACUCUGGAUAUGCUCAGCUUCUCGGUAUGUUUCCAACCUUGAUGAGCUAUGUCCCUGGCCCUCACCAGAGACUGAUACCAACUUUCCAAAAACUGAAAGACUUUGUGAUGGACAUGGUGAGCUACCACCGAAAUACACUGGAUGAGAACUGCCCACGAGACCUCAUAGACUGUUUCCUCAUGAGGAUGGAGGUGGAAAAAAAGAACCCAAACACAGAAUUUCAUGAAGCAAAUUUACAGGCGACAGUAAUUGACCUGUUCUUUGCCGGUACAGAGACUACAAGUUCCUCAUUAGGAUAUGCGUUCCUGAUUCUGCAAAAAUACCCUGAGAUACAAGAAAAGGUCCACCAGGAAAUAGACAAUGUAAUAGGCAGAACCCGCUGUCCAUCAGUGGAGGACAGGAGUAAGAUGCCGUACACAGAUGCUGUCAUACAUGAGAUCCAGAGAUUUGCUGAUAUUGCCCCUCUUGGAUUGCUCCAUGCAGCCAGCAAAGACACAACCUUCAGGGGAUAUCAUGUUCCAAAGGGAACCUUGGUGAUUACAGCCCUUACAUCUGUCCUGAAAGAUCCCACAAAGUUCAAGAACCCAUAUGAGUUUGACCCAGGACACUUUCUUGAUGAGAAUGGUGGCUUGAAGAAGAAUGAUGCAUUUAUGCCAUUUUCCACAGGGAAACGUAUGUGUGUGGGGGAGGGUCUGGCUCGUAUGGAGCUCUUCCUCUUUAUCACUUCUAUAUUGCAAAUGUUUAUGUUGAAAUCCACAAUGGACACGACUGACAUAAAUAUAACACCAGAAGCCAAUACCAAUUCUUGCAGACCUCGUAUUUAUGAGAUGUUGGUCGUCCCUCGCUGAUGAUGUUAUUCCAUGUAUUAAAGAUAACACCAGUGUUCUGUUCCAA